AUAAUUGGGCAUUACGAUUUUGUAUGGAAAUGUACCAGAUAUCGGACAUUAAAAAAAACGUCAAAUCAAACGCUUUAAAAAAAUUCAACUCGAUAAAUUGUAAUAUUUUUCGAAAAAUUCAGAAUCAUCGCUUCAAAAAUAUAUAAUUACUACUACAUAAAAAAUUGAAAUAAUUUAAAUAAAAUCUAUUUGAAUGUUCACUUGAACUGAUCUACCUGUCCGAUAAAUGGGCAAAUACUAUAAAUAAGACACUUUUUUCUGCCCAGUUCUCGGACAGGUAAAAAAUAUUUUCGCAUUCACACUAAUGCGUAUAGUUUGAAAUAUUUUUCUACAAACUUGCAUUGAGCAACCCAUGUGACUGACGUUCGUUUUUAAGCGCAAAUGACAGAAAAAAUUUAAUGAUGUUGAAAUUAAAGAUAAAAAAAGAUGUUCUGCUUCCGAGUUCGUCAAUAAAUUUGAAUAUAUAUAGCAAGUAGCUUUGAAAAUAGUGCAAUUUUACAAAACAAUCUUUGCUAAAUUUGAUCAAAUUCUAUUAUAUUUGAAUAAAUUUUAUGGUUUAGCUGUUUUUUUCCUCUCUGCAUUCAAUGAAUAUUGCCACAGUUCAAGAAACAACGAGAUCGACUGGUUGGUACGCUUGAAGACGACAGGGCCGACGAUCGUGAGCGCAUCGAACGAGAGUGUGAGAACCAUGUUCAGCCGAGCAGUAGGACGAAUGAUUUUGAAACGUACGCCGACCAUACGUUAAGAUUUUUCAAUCGGGCCAUGGAUGUGUACGGCAGCGAAGCGUAUGUACUGACUAAUUUUUUGCAUUGGAUUGAAAUCCAUCGAACGAUUGGUGAAUUGGUGCGAAUGAUUGUCGCACAAGGGCAUGGUAAUCAUACAUUUGUGUUUGUCGGCAAGGCGCCGUUCACCCAUGCAAAUUCACCAUGCAAAGGUUAUGUACGUACCAGUGUUCGUUUGCUAUUCAAAGCACUCGAACAACAUCCACAAUGUACCGUGCGCUACGUGGAUGAAUAUCGAACAACAAAAUUAUGUAGCCGUUGCUUUAAUGUACUGGAAAAUGGUUCGAGGAAUGGCCGAAAGACAACGAAAUCUCGGUUCAAAGUGUGUCGCCAGUGUAAACCAUCGCCAGAAGCACUGCCCGAUGGUGGUUCAUUCAUUUACAGCCACAAGAAUUCGAAACAAUUGAAGAAGCAGAAAAAAUAUCGACCACGGUAUUCGAACGAAGAUGACCGCCAGCCAAAAGUCGAACUGAAACGCUUCAAUAUGAUCGAUGGAAUGCUUGUGCCGGCUGCUGAAAAUGCUGCGAUAUUAUCAGUGAAGAGGCCACGAACACAUUUGCGACGUCGGCGCCUAGAUGUCAUCGCAUGGAAAUACAUACGAAAUGAUGAUGAUAUUGGUGAUACGACAAAAGUCCGUUCGGUUACAUUGAAUCGAGACACUAAUGCCGGUCGAAAUAUUCGACUUCGCGGUCAUCAUGAACUAUUUGGAAUAAAAUUGCCAGAUGCAUUCACAGUCGAUGCCAAGAUACAAGAUCAACAUGCAGAGCGACGCUUCAAACAAUUUGAAGAAAAUAAGCGUAAAAAGCAACAAAAGUAUCAAACAUCAAAAAAUUCCAAUGAAGCUGAAUACGAUUCGGAUCAGUCAUGGUGGUCGUCAAGCAGCGAAGAAGAUGCAAUCGAUUUGAGCAACAGUGAAUUGUCAGACAACAGUGAUGAUAGUAAUGAUAGCGGUAGCGGUAGCGACGACGAUGGCGAAAACUGAGAAUAGCAUCGUUCACAGACUACACAUCGCUCAUUCAACAAAUCAACAAUCAAUCAAUCAAACAAAUUAAUGAAAAAUUAAAUUUAGUUUAAUUUAAAGAACAAUGUUAAUAGUUCUUAUCAUGAAGUCUGGCUAUAUAUUUAGCGUGGACUUUCGUAUUAUCU